AUGCACGUCGCCAUCGAAUCUCUCCAGGACAGCCGCAUGACGACCUCUGAGGGUGUGGGGCGUCUCGAAGCAUAUCUUAGGCCGGCACCCGUCGCACCCGGCAAGGCGCGGCUUAGCUCGGCUCACGGCGGGCGGCCGAGCUGGAUCGGCCCCUUUCCGCCCACGGCCUAUGCCUCGACGGCCUUGCGUGUCAAACGGUGCCCAGCAUACAACCGCUCCCUUCAACAGCCGCCGCCAACCUCUCCUUCUCCUUUCGGCACCCGCUGUCGUGCGAAAACAGGUAGAGAGGGCUCGUCAUGGGAGCCGCAAAGCCUGGUAAUCCGCUGCUGGACAUUGGUGAGGUGCGGCAACCCCGCUUCCCUCACACGGCUUAUGGACCACACGGACCAGUGUCAGAUUACUCUAGGUGCUGCCUCGUAUUACAACAACCUUUUCGGUUUCCGUACCGUCGCCUACAAGGGUCUCGAGACGGGCAGCCGCUACAUUGCGUCGUACGUCGUCCAGAACGAGGACGUCCGCUUUGUCUUCACCUCGCCGAUCCGCUCGGGCGUCCACCUCCCCGCCGACGAGCCCAUCAGCAAGACCGACCGCGCUCUCCUCACUGAGAUCCACGCGCACCUUGAAAAGCAUGGCGACGCCGUCAAGGACGUCGCCUUUGAGGUUGACGAUGUGAAGGCCGUCUACACCACCGCUGUGGCCGCCGGCGCCGUGUCGGUCCAGGAGCCUGGCCUCCUGCAUGACGAGACACACGGCGACGUGCCACGGCCGUCAUCCGCACCUACGGAGACACGACACACACGCUCAUCUCGCGUGCGCGGCUCCUACAACGGACCUUCUCCCCCGGUUUCGCCGCGCGGCCCCCCCGCCGUCUCGGUGCCCCUGCCGACGCGCUGCCUCGCCUUCCACCGCUUCUGGUCGGUCGACGACUCGCAGAUCAGCACCGAGUUCUCGGCCCUCAACAGCAUCGUCAUGGCGUCGCCCAACAACAUGGUCAAGAUGCCCAUCAACGAGCCGGCCCCCGGCAAGAAGCGCUCCCAGAUUGAGGAGUACGUCCUCUUCAACGCCGGCGCCGGCGUCCAGCACAUUGCCCUGCUUACCAAGGACAUCAUCGCCACCGUCUCGGCCAUGCGCGCCCGCGGCGUCGAGUUCAUCAAGGUCCCCGCCACCUACUACGAGACGCUGCGCCGCCGCCUCAAGUCGGAUAAGCGUCGCUGGGAGCUGCAGGAGGACCUCGACGUCCUCGAGGGCCUCAGCAUCCUCAUCGACUACGACGAGGGCGGCUACCUGCUCCAGCUCUUCACCAAGCCCCUCAUGGACCGCCCCACCGUCUUCAUUGAGAUCAUUCAGCGCAACGAGUUUGACGGCUUUGGCGCUGGCAACUUCAAGAGCCUGUUUGAGGCUAUUGAGCGGGAGCAGGCUGAGCGCGGCAACCUGUGA